AUGAACACUGUCAAGUGUUGUAAAGCCGCCGAACAAGCCGGGGUGGCUGCUAAAAAGGAAAAGGAAGAAAAUAGAUGGCGCUCUCUUGAUACUGCUGAUAUUUGUGGAACAAAUACAAAGAAACUGCCACUGCUGUUGCUCUCUCUCUGUGUGCUGAGCACUGUGGUGGGGUUCCUUCCAGAGAGUGUUGGCAAUCACUUGUUUACUGAUAAUAAUAAUAAUAAUAUAUUUCCUACUGUGGUCAGUACACUGAGCACCGAGAUAAUUAAUCCCGAUGACACCCACUGGGCUAGGGUGCAUCACGUUUUUGUGUGGAAAUACUCUUAA